UUCGGAAUGUACAUAGUUUCUUUUUUUUUCUUCAGAAUUUCUACACAGAAUCGUGUUUAUUACACUGCCUCCCUGGGUUGUAAACUUCGAAAGAAGAAAUCGAUAGUUUCGAUGCGUUUGUCGAUAGUAUCGAGGUAUCGAAGAAUGUUAUUCGAUGGUGUACCAUGUUCAGUUUUCUAGUUUGAGACGGUGACGCUACAAAUAUCGGAUAGGAGGUAAUUAAAAUCUUGUGUUAUAAACAAAAUACAAGCAGGCUCUGAUAGUUUGUAAACUAUUUUCCUUUUCUGUAGCAAACUUCAGCUGCAUAACCUUUUCUCUUUUUCAUCGAACUGUGAUAUACACGUUAUUCGGACAAACCGGUCCACGUCCUGUUUUCGAAUCAUUCGCCUUAUACGUUUUAGAUUUCGCGUAAACGUUCGUCUCUAUGCGUUCCAUCGAGGCGUUAUCGAUCUUUCGAAUGCUUUUCCCUAUAUUUUGUAACGUCGUGAUUUUCAUACUACUUCGCGAUGAUUUGUUCGAGGAUGGGCCUAAGAACACCGGUGGCAGAUAUACAUAUUUAAACGAAACGUAGAUCGUACUGUACGUGUUAUCGCGUUUAAAACGCUUAGAUAUCAUUUUUGUUCUCAGCGAUUUUUCACCCUUCGACUAUUAACCGCGUCCCUACGUCACAGUCAAAGGGUCGAACGCCAUUCGUCGUGUUAAUUAAUACGGCAUACCGAUAACAAUGCGAUUCGAUUUGUUUUUUUUUUUUCUAUUUUGUUUAUCGUGGUACGUUGCGCGAAGAAAGGAGAAAGAAGAAGGGUGGGCCAGAUAAAAUAUUUUUACGAGUCCGAGGGAACGCGUUGCUUGGACGUUGGAUUUUCACGACUUUUACAAGCAUUUUCCUCGCGUGUACACGUGUAUCUCGAUUCACCGUUGCGGUAGAAUCGUAGUCUCAGGGUUACAAACAAAACAAAAUAAAACAAACCAACAAUUAAAUACAAAACGAACGAUACAAAUUUAGACAGAUAUAAAAUAGAUAAGCGAGUAUAAUUGUGGAGCAAAAUAUUAUAUAAUAGUAAUGAUAGUAAUAACGACGAGGAUGAUGAAGAUAUUGAUAAUAAUAAUAAUGAUAAUGAUAAAGAAUAUUAAUAUUGAUAUUAAUGAUGAUGAUGAUCGUGAUGGUAAUAAAGAUAACGAUAACAAGAAAUACUGUAAAUAUACAGUGAAUCUUUACGUUGUAAAUCAAAUAGUGUGUCUUUUCUUGCACUUACCUGCAAUUUCUUCUUUGUAUUUACCUGUUCUGUUUCGUAACUUUUGUAAAUUUUUCUUUCUUUUUUUCACUCUAAAAACAAACGAUAUCUACCAAACGAUGUUACAUCAACCAAUUUAAUCGCAUUCACUAUUUUUCUUCCAUUAUGUCGUCGCGUACCGUGAGAAUGGCUCUCUGUUACGGAACGAGUGCGUGUUAAGGAUGAUGACAAAUGAAUCGUCCCGCGAGAUGUUCCAUAUAUCAUAGUGGAUACUGUUUACAACAAUGUGGAUUUGAGAGGGUAGAGAAACGAGUAUUCACGCGAGACACUUUGUUUUCGUGAAAGAGAAAGAAACAAAUAUCGUUAAGUGAUUCUUUUCUCUAACAAAUACGUUAGAGAAAAAAAAGGUUUGCCAGUGAUACGUCUCUGGAAAAUUUAAUCGUUUCGUUUUCGCUAUCGCGUUGUAGGCGGCGAGGCGUCGCGAAGGCAGAAAAAAUUUGCGAGCAUUCGCGUUUGAAAUGUGCCGAUUCGAACGAAAUAGAAUAUACUCGGUGCUCGCAAUCAGUUGGCGUGGCAAUCAUGUCGCGAGAGGUGGUUUCGAGUUUAUUUCUCUAUUUAGUAACCUUCUUCUUUCUUUUUACCGUCUCCAAAACAAGUGCUGACGAUCUGUCCGACGAGUGCUUGAAAUUCGACAUCGCCGAAUUGGAGGAUUACUUGUCGAAGCUCGAUUCGAAGAAUCUACCUACGAUUCGUAUGAUGGUAGGCGAGUUCAAAUGUUCAUUGAACGCAUUGCCAUUCGGUGCUCUGAAGUCUGACUGGGCAAGACUGUUGCUACUGCAAAAGGCGCAACCGAACGAUUCCAUCUUCGAGGAGAAACUGGCUCGUCUCUUCAGGAUCUUGCUGGUUGCUUAUUUUCGAACGGAGGAACGUUUCGACGUUGUCGAGCAAGAUUUACCUACUACUAAAAGAUUUUCCCAAUUUAACGUAUAUUCGACAUCAGACGUUGGUACUUCAAAUGAGGUGACGUUAACGAAAGAAUUCGGUACGUCGAACGAGUUAACUUCAUCGAUAACAGUAUCUUCGAUCUUAAAAUCAAACACGACGAACGAAUCCACGACGAAGAAUAACGUUUCAAUCCCAACAUUUGCUAUCGCUAACGCUACAGGUAGAACGACUUUUACGAGCCAUAAAAAAUCAAUCGCAGAAAAUGUCGAAGAUCAGCAGACUACUGAAUCAAUAUUUGCUUCCGAGGUUAGCAUAACGUCCACUGAUAUGAAACGGGAUUUUGCGAGGGCCAAAGGUAGAGGAGAUUUUCCCGUAUUUCACGAUUUCUCGAAUGUCGUACCUUCCGACGAGAAUACAUUCAGCGAAGAAGACGAUUUGAAGUUCAUCACGAUGCAAUAUCAUAACGCGACGAAUAGAAAUUUCGUAGAAUUUGAAAAGAGUCCAAUGAUUUCUAAUAUAGAGGAAACCAGUCAAGUAAAUUACGAUUACAGCAGUAGCAGGAAUAGUAUCUUUCAAGUUCUUAAAAAUACCACUCUCAGUUGGAAUAAAGUAAAGGAAUCAGCAAUUUUGAGAACACCUCCACCGAAUAACGAUUUUUGGAAACGCAUUGUAAAUUUUCGAAACGUCACUUUGGCUCCUCCUACAAAUACGAUCCCAGCGUCGGAAGAUACAAAGAUGAGGUCUAAGAAGCGUGCAAGUUUGAACACCAGUAUCGAGAAAAAUUUCAGGUGGUUUUAUAAUUUGGGACAGGAGGAUAAACGAACCAGCAACGUUUCUGCCGAGCAACGAGGAAUUAAUAUCGAGUGCAGCAGGCAGGCGAAUGAAAAAUAAAGUAGGUGUAUAAGAGCGAGCAUAGAGGAAAUUAGAAUCGGUCGAAUUUCCGAAAUGGAAACGGAGCAGUAAGUUAGGCGAGUGAUGAGAGGUGAGCCUUUAUUAUACAGGGUGAUUCUCUCGCUAAUGUACUCAAAGGAAAUGCUUCUACACCGGUAUGGAUGGGCACAAGCCUUUUUCUGUCAUCGACGUGGGUGCAUAUUGCAGCUGUGUGCACCCGAGAUACCGAUGAUAGAAAAAUGUCCAUUCAUACUGGCAUGUUUCCCUUUAGCGAGGGAAGUGAUCGUUUCACGCGAGUGUACGAGAGAACAUUUACCCAAUCUUAUAAACGAUACUUCGAACCAGUCCAUAAAUUUAUGAUCCAGGACACUGCUGACUGAUAUUUACGAGGUUUGCAGCUGGUUACGUUCAUCAUGUUUUACGAGUAGCCAUAAACGAAGUUCUCUUAUUAUCUCGAUUCUUCGUGUAGGAUUUUUCGAAUCGUCACCAAUUUUCGGGCAUAACUCUGGAUAGAAUUUACACGAGCAACGGAUCGUCGAACGAUAUCGCGUUACCAACGUGAUUACGAUCCAGUUAAAAUUACACGAAACCUUGAUAAAGAUAGCCGAGCAUGCGGUGUUUUUUAAAUAUUUUUUUUCUUCUUUUUUUUCGCUGUUCGUCGAACAGAGAAACUGGGAACCGGUGAACGAAACUGGGUAGAUUUUAUAAUUGGCUUUACGCAAACUAUCACGAUUCCCGAAUGGUUUAAUAACAAUUUUUCGAGGUACCACGGUUGAUCAGUUUAAUUUGCGCGGAUAGCAUAUCAGCGGCUCUGUUAAUAACAGAAUCGAAUAAACAGAAGAUAUUUUUGUUUAAUUCGAUUCGAACGAUCUACGGGCUGGUUCGAGAAACGUGUACACAGUGAAAAUGAUACAUUUUUUAUUCGCUGAUAGGUAAAAGUAACUUGGAUUUAAAUCAGAAAUUCGAGUUUCGGUUCUUUUAUUUUCGUUCAGUGAUUUUGUCGUACUUCGACGUUGUUUCCUCGGCCUUCAUCGUCGCGGUUCAUAAUAGAAAUUAAUUAAAGGACUCUCUGUAAUUGAAAUCCAUGGAAACUUUGCCAGGUUGGAUGUGCGGACCAACUGAAAACCUUAUCUGACUUCCAGAGAUCGGUCGUUAGCAUAUAAUUAAGAGCGAUUGUAGCCGGUGCUUGUUUGCAUUCGUUCGCGUUCGGAUACGAACGGACUGAUUACUAACUAGCGAGAAACUAUCGAGGGCAUUUCUAACGAAUCGACACCUCUCGGCAGAGGUAUCAUUCGUUCUAAAGAUUUACAAUACUUUCUUCGUUCCACUUAACUGCACAUAAUACGUUUAUUCGAGACUUGUAUCUUCUCCGUGUUGUUCAACUCUCUCAGGAGAGAAGUAGGUACACGAUAAUUAAGCCAAGGAGAAUCGUUCGUCUGGAGGCUCGAGGAUUGACAAACGACGGCGAUUAAUCAGAAACAAACGCGAAAUUCCCGAAAACAAAUUUGCCCAUUACUUAUCAUUUCUUCGCGAUUACCCGUCAGUCAGAUUAGUCGUACAUUGUUUCUCGGUGGGAGAUAACAAAUUAGCCACCGUGCCGGAAACCUCUCGACCUGAAGGAGCGGUCUCUCGUUCCACCUUCCUGCGCGUUUACAGUGAGCAGCAAAGCUGAAUUAAUAACACCAUUUUUCUUGAUAAUUUCGUAACACAGCAUUCGAUUAAUUGUUUCUCGCAACUAAAGUAGUUGGAAGAUUAUAUCUCGAAUUUUGUACGUUCGCUACCACCCAGGAAAUGUUAGGGACACGCUGGGUGCCGUUAUAUCCUAAUUCCUGCGAGCAACGUCGAAGCACAGUCGACGGAUAGCGCACGGGUCGUCGCAUUCUAUGUCGACAAUGCUUCGAAGAGUCAAAGGUUUCGAUAAAGGAUCUUUAUUCAAUACUCCGGCGACGUUUCUCCUCGUCGAGGGUCCGUGUCCACCCUUGUUACACGUUCUGCCCCCCGCUUUCGUCCUUUCCUGAUUUUCUUAAAAGGGCCGUGUGCCCUUUUACCAACACUCUUUCUGGGGAGACCCGAGUUUAUGACUGGAGGGUGAUUCUGGCCAUUGUCACUAAAACCUCUGAGAGUCUGCUCGUUGUAACACCUAAAUUUUCUAGAAAAACAAUUUUAGUAGAUUAAGUCUUGCUGUUCGCAGUACCUCCUCCUCUCAAGAAUACGGGGAAUACUCAGACAAAGGCAACAGCUUGCCAGUUUUGACCGUUCGUCAGGAUUACUUGAACUUUUCUGGAAAUAGAGUCAGGUUAAAAUCGAGGAGGCUAGUAGGUAUCGAUGUGGAAAGAGCGCUCACGAAAAUCAUUUAACCAGAGAAAGGGUAGCGCGAGUGAGCCAAGAGGCGAACAGGAUGGAAUAGUGGGUGAAGAGGUGGUUGGUAAUUAUUUUAGCGGGAACGAGGGAAUGCAACGUUCCUUCCUUCUCGUCUUUUCACUCCCCUCUUUCGCCGACUUUCUUCCGUCGGCUUGAUGCUAAUUCUUACUAAUUGGUUGCAUUACUCUCGUUUCAUUCACCUGCCGCGGUUGUUUCCUUCGUCUCGAUCACCUCGCCCCGCUCUUCUUUGUUUUCAAAACCUUCUCGAAAUGCUUCCUUCCAUUAACCGUUCGCCGGUUUCAUUCGAAAUAUCCCAGCGAUUUAAUCACGAUUCCCUCUUGUUUCUUCGAAUUUGAAAAUUUCACGUUUAUAUUUCGUUCAACCCGUCCGUUGUUCGUAGAGAAAUAUGAAAGACAAGUCUGUCUGAUACAGGGUGGAUUCUCUCGCUAGUGUACUCUUCACGUACCAGAAGAAGGCCGAGCUCCGUCAAGCUAAAAAGUCAGAGGGGCAAGGAUAAUUCUUUUCUAAUAGAUCCCCCCCGUAUCUCAUUCCGUUAGCGUAUUUCGUCACGCAGUGGACCAAUUAGAAAAGAAUUGGGCGGUGCGAAUGCACUAUUCCCUUUCCCUCUGUUACUUAUUAGCUUGAUGGAACUCGGUUUUCUUCUGGUGCACGAAUAGUACUCAAAGGAAAUGUCGCCGCACCAGUAUAAAUGGGCCCAAGCUGACAGAUAAGGUCCUAUCAUGGAUACCUCGACGGAUUGCACUCGCAGAGUACACUAGCGAGAGAAUCACCCAGUAUAUCGAGGUCACAUAUAGGUAGCAGGAAAACCUCUAGCGAAGAGGUUGGACUGAUGUGGUUGGGCUGCAAUAGGUUUGAAGAAAUACCGUGGAAAAUUUGAGGGGAUCGAUGGCCGAGCCGUAUCUCGAAAGAGCAGGCACCUCGGUGAAGUAAGAAGGUAGUAUCUGUGAGGAAAGGAAGGUCGGAAGUGCGUGAGAAAACGUCAGAUCGUCGGACACCUUUCGCGAGGGUGUAAUCAUCUUUGCUCAGUGUCGUCCGCGAAAAUCCAUUCCCGUCACGUCGAGAUAAACGGGCACAGUUGACUCUCCAUCUAAAUCUUCUUUUUCCUUUCGUUCUCUCGAACGAUCUCCUUCUUCUCCCCCUACUUUUUCGUCCGCACGGAUAAGAAAUGAAAUUAAAAUUCUCGAGCAGACUGAAACGUCACGUUCCGUGUCGACCCGUCUCGUCUCGAUCCACAGGACGCGUCCGAUCCGCGUCGAACUUUUAUCAGGAAGAUAAAAAGGAAGAGAUCAAGAUUCGUUCGUGUGUUCUUGCUAGAUUCGUACGAUUCUCUAAGCUGAACAAACUUGAGUCGAAACCGGCACAGUUGCGUGAAACGAUGGCUUUCCUUCGAUAAAAGGAAAGCGUGGCGAAGAAUUUCCUUUUAUCUCUUCUUUUAAUUGAUUUAUAUUAACCUAUGAGUGUUGAAUAAAUGUAAGUUUCAUGAUAAAAAAAUUCAAUGCCACAUCGAAAGGUAGAAGCAAUAAGCAAGAGAGGUUCGUUGCUUCUCUGAGAACGUGAUUUUCAAAUGUGACUCGGAUAAAGAGUAGAUAAUUUUCGAAAUGAGUUCGAGCACCGUGACACAGGAUCAAAGCUCGUAUCACGAACCUUUCCCAUAUUGCGAUUUCCUUUCGUAGCCGAACCUGUUGGUGAAAACUCGCGCGGCAAAGUGUAAAACGUGCAAAAUCAAAAAAAAUUGAAAAAAAAAAAGAAAAAAAAUAGAAAUGAACGUAGGGACACGCGACAUGCCAAGCGAAUUACCUUGUUUCACGACACGAAAGUUCGAGUUUUUCGCGCGAAAUCGCGUUGACGCAUUGCACCCUAAGGAAAAACGUGAAAAAAAAGAAGGAAAGAGGUAAAGGUAACAGAAAGAUAAAAGUAUAAUAAUAAAAGCGAUUACGUAGGUCGACAAUAUUCGCGCGAGAGGGUAUAAAAUUGUUUAAAUAUUGUUUAAAUAUCCUCCAACUGACUGUUUCUGGUUCUGGUUCUGUUCCGUUGCUCGUUUCUUCGCGUUCCUUCGAACCAAUCAGAAUAUUGUUUCGGUGCGGCGAAACGAGCCAACGAACAGAGGCAAUUUAGCGAACAGCGGUGUAAUUGAAAAAUAAUCAGAAACGAAGAGGCCGUGGGUGCAAUUUCGAAAAUGUUCUCCAAUGAUUUUUCUCUUGUCAAGGAAAAAGCUCGCCGUUCCGUGAAAUUUUUGUCGAGAAUUAUCCUCCCGUUGAAUAUUGAAUAGAAUUACUGUGGAUGCUAAGAAUUUCAAUGAAAAUAUUUCGGAUCUUUUCCAGCGAGAGUAGCUUUCCAAAAAGAAAAUGUAACUUCACGUCUGCCGUUAUUUGGCACGACCGAGAGACUCUGUGCUCCUUUUGCAUUUAAUUUCCACCGAAAACGUCACGUUCGCGUUCGCACGAAGAUCUUAUCCGCAAGUUGCACGGUAAAACUGUUCGAGGGAAAAUGCAUACGAUGCCAAACAUCUCCUUACCCGUGCGACUCCAUAAGAACACCUGUUCAUUACCCGGAUUCGUCGUUAAAUUUUCCCCGGAAAUUAGUAUUAUGAAGGAUUGGCGAAAAGUCAGGUAACAACGUUAGUCACAUCGCGGUGGAAACGUUGCCUCGUAAAUUAAGAAGCGUCGCGAUUAUGGUUGUUCGUUGGCAAUUAGACGCGGCAUAGCAGCCGGUCGUAGGAUCGUUGUAACCCCUUGAAAAUAAAACGACAAAAGUAUACAGUAUUCGUCGGGCCGUUGGAUAAUCUAAUCGUCCGAUGUUACGGAACUACGAGGAAGACCAAGCAAAUUGUUCCCGGAGAAAAUCCUCUGGAAUUCGCAGUUUUUUUGUCGUCGCCUUGCCGACUCAUUACCUCCCUCAUCGUACGUGCAUUUUAAUUCAACGGAAAUACCGUCUCCUGUUCCUCGAACAGGAAGUCGAUACGAAUAAGAAAACGAAUUACAAAUAUGGGCUUCCCGUUGUCUCGUUCGAGGAAACCAUCUCGAGAACACGCGUUUCUCGCUUCCUCUCCAUUUUCCAAUCGAUAAUAUUUAUCCAGGAAUACGAAAAGUAACGCGUACCCGUUUUCUUUUUCUCUAUUAAGAGCUACGUUUCUUUAUCCUUUCAUCCCCGUUCGUUAUCCGUUUCUCGUACGAAGGUUCACGAUCGUUUCGUUUCCUUGUGAAAAAAAGUCCGGUGCACUGUGCGGGGAGAAAAAAAAAAAGGUGAAAGAAUCUCUCGUAUAAGCAAGAAAUGAUGCACGCGUGGAAAGCGACUUCUGCUCACGCCUCGGUACGUGCGGCGAUAGGACGUUUUGUAGGGAGUCACAUGGUUGGCUCGAAAAGGGUGGUUCUGCCAGUGGCGAGACUAUAAUUCUGCGUUAUCAGCGAGUUCACGGGCCAACGCAUCCCUUCCUGGAAGAGUAGCUGAUCCUACUCUGUCGUUACCCUGCCCGUUUUGCCCUGUCACCUCGUCCACUCCACAGAAUCGUAUGCUUUCGAUGUUAGCAGCUUAGAACCGAAUAAUAAUAAUAAUAAUAAGAAGGUAUCUUGCGUAUUUUUUAACGUCCCAUUAGACGGGAAAACGUUUCCACGAAUUUCAUAUUUCGGCCGAAAUACGAAAUAAAAUCAGCAAAAAUAGUUAGUUAGUUGGAAAGUGUACUCGGAACUUAUCGUCUCUCGUUUGCAUGCCGAUACGUGUGUCGGCGAAUCAAGACCACACAGGUGGGCGAGCUGGCUGAGAGAAACUUUAGCAACGUCACUUUCUCGGAUGCAAACUCCGAUGGAUCCAGCACGUACACCCAACUGUUCCGACUGCAAACUGUGUGUAGAUAUA